AUGGGGCUGGACUACUACGCUGUGCUGGAGCUGGACCGCGGGGCCACCGCCGACGACAUCAAGAAGGCUUAUCGGAAGUUGGCCCUGAAGUACCACCCAUUAAAAUGCAAGGAGCCCUGGGGGCCGAAGAGGUUCCAGCAGCUGGCAGAGGCUUACGAUGUGCUCAGCGACCCUAUGAAGAAAGGCAUCUACGACAAAUUUGGGGAAGAGGGGCUCAAAGGUGGCAUCCCCUUGGAGUUGGCGAGUGACAACCCUUGGAGCGUCGGAUACGUGUUCCACAACAACCCUGAAAAAGUCUUCAGGGAGUUCUUUGGAGGGGACAACCCUUUUGCAGAGUUCUUUGCUGAGGAUGGCUCGGAGGUGCUGCUGCCCUUUGGAGGGCCCCGAGGCCGGGGGGCCCUGCGGCGGGACCCCCCCAUCGUGCGGGAUCUCUACGUGUCCCUCGAGGACCUGUUCCAUGGCUGCACCAAGAAGAUUAAGAUCUCCCGCAGGGUGAUGAACGAGGAUGGGCAGACAAGCACCAUCAGGGAUAAGAUCCUAACAAUUGAUGUGCAGCCGGGAUGGAAGCGCGGCACCAGGAUCACCUUCGAGAAGGAAGGAGACCAGGGCCCUAACAUCAUUCCAGCUGACAUCACCUUUGUUGUCCAGGAGAAGCUUCACCCCAGGUUCAAAAGAAUUGACAACAACCUCCUUCACGUUGCCAGCAUCCCCCUGUCAAAGGCGCUGACUGGAUUCACUCUGGAUGUGUGGACGCUGGAUGGGAGGCUGCUGAACAUCCCCAUCAACGACAUUGUGGAGCUGGCUGGAGGCUGCUUCGCUUUGCCACUUGGAAGCAGGAGGUUUGUGGAAUAAAAUCUGUUUGGACUCAAAACUGUUCAGAUGGAGCCACAGAGGAGCCUGCAGGACCCUCGUCUGUGCCUUCCCCGAGGUUCCUGGGGGAUGAUGUGCUAUUAUUACUGGGAUGCUCUCUAUGAAAAUCCCAGAACCCUGAGAAAAGACAGAUUUUUCUCGUCUGCAGAGUGCACGGGAACUCACAUCUGUCUCUUGUUUCUGAUACAUGUUAUAGAAGUCAUAAAAUGUAGCAAGCAUUCAUUUAAGUCAUACUGAGAAGCAAAUUUUCAUGAUUUGACAGAAACGCAAACCAUUUCACUUAUCUUUACAGAGUGAGGCCAGAAACAUGAGAACUUGCCUAUUUAAAGCUUUUAUAAAUAGACCCUAAUUGAGUUUUCGGUGGCACUGUGAUACUCCAGAAAUGGAGCCCACAGCCUAAAUGCUGAAUGGCAAACCCUUCAGCAGCAGCUAAUUAACACCGCUGGUGCAUCUCAGACAGCCCCUGAGAGAACCAAAACAUCUACCCACUGAAGAGCUAUUUAAAAAUACCUGGGACAGAGUGACUUCACGCAGCGAUUCCUGUGUGAGUAACUCAGCUCUGCAUUGUUCACAUUUCAAUUGUUUUCUGCGAUUCUGUUUCAAAUCACCAAUUUCUCGAGCUGGGAGCAGCACACAUCCCAGAGGGGAAUGGUGGAUUUCGGGUGAACCCCUGGAAGCCGCUGUUUCUCUGAAAGUCCCGCUGGAUUUUGCCGGCUGCUCUUUAAACCCUACCUAAGCAGAGCUCUGCUUUACACCAGACCAACGGGGCUGGUGAGAAAGGAGGGAUCACUUUACAAAGCUCCCUAUUUGAGCAGGGAUUAACAAGGCUUGGAGGCAAUUUGCAAACACACAAACUCUUCCUGGCUGCUGCUUCCAGAAGCGUUUUCUUAGAGCAUCAGGCAGCCCCAGGGAUGCAGAGGAUGCAGAGGGCUUGGCUUAGCUGUGCCAGUCCCCCUUCACAGGCUGCUGUGAAAUUCCAGGCUGUCCAUUCCCUAAAUCCUUGCUGGGGUACAAACCCAGCCCAUGGCUCAGGGACACCACUGGCAAACCCCUUUCCCUGCUCUGGAGUUUUGACUGAGAUGCCUGUGAGCUCCAAAGGUUUUAUUUAGAAAUAACCCACCAAAAGGGACCGCAUUCCCUUCAGGGCACAUUUCCUUAACAAAACUCUGGCCAGUCAGGUUGCUUCUAACCUUUAAAAGGUUCCACGCACUGAGAGGAAAAGCCCCUGGAUCAGCAAGGAAUUGGGUCCACAAAGCCCCAGAUAAUCCAAGGCUGUGUGGAUCUGUCAUUCAGAUAAGGCAGAUCCAUUUCAACACCAGCUGGAGGAAAUAUGGUUUUAAAAGUUUAUUAAACAACAUGAUAUAUGUAAAUUUGGUCAGGAAACACAGAGACACAUCACCCUGCCAGGACACAAAGCAGAGCUGUCCAAAGCAGAGAGAGCAGCAAUGAAGAGUCUGAGAUAGGGUUGUUAUCUAAUCCAGAUAGCUCAGAAAACAGAAACCCCAAAUAGUUGAAAUGCCAGGAAAAUCACACUGUUUCCCUGAUUUUUUUUAUUUUUCUUACAUCUUGGAAAGCCAGCUAAGGAAGCGGCUGCCACCACGCAGGGCAGGAGAUACUGAAUCUGCUGGUGAGGUUUUAUUGAAAUCCAAAAUGCUAAUCCAAAAGUCACCUCCUAGUUUCUGCUUCCUCUUUUGCUUCUCGGGUAAACUCCAGAAUAUUUGCCUCAGGAGCUACAGUGACUCUGAAAUUGCUGCCUUUUCCUCUGAAGGGAAUUAUCUGUCUGCCCUGGUGACAUGUGACAGUUUUUUGGGGGGAUGAUCACAUCCUUCUCCUUGCAGACUGCUCUGUUUUGUUUUCCUGCUCUGCUUGGAAGAAGUGGAUGUUAUCUUUGAGAACAAUGCCAUGGAAGGGCUGUCAGCAAACAGCCUCACAGCAUUUGGGAGCCCACAGCUGACUGCUGCAUCUGCAGGGAGCAGAACUGAAAUUCUUGAGAAUGGAUCUCUGAGCCUGACUGGGACAUCCUGAGGCUGCUUUAGCAGAGGUCACAUUGAUGCUGAUCAAAACACCAAAACACCCAGAAGGACAGGAGACAGAGUGCCAAAACUUUCCAAUGUCCUGUGUGAAACUCAACUAAAACUUACCUAAUUUUCAAAUUUUCAUCAGCAUUGGACAAUGCACUGCCUUCACUUACUUCUCUCUGCUUUGCUGUGUCUUUUGCUCGGUUUAACAUGGGUUAAAUCUGCCUUUCCAUGGGCUUGUCCCUGUUUUCUCACAGUAACUCAGGUCAGAGGUUUUUGAGGUGUCAGCUCUGAAACUCUGCUCCUGCCAUCUCCAGAUCUGGUGGGGAUAUUGCCAGAGGAACGAAAGAUCAAACACUGUGAGUCUUCUGCUGAAGUGAACUUUGAAACUGCUCACUAAUUCAAUCAUUUCAUGCACUCUGGUUUCUAGCACGGCCCUAACUCUUCUCUCCGCCACUUCCUUCCUUCCUUCUGUGAUAAAUGUAACCUUGGAUAAAAAUUUG